ACAAUCUCUUGACUCGAUUUCAACCGACUGCUAGAUGGGGAUUUAAACCCAACAUUUUGAGUAAUAUUUAGAUGAUUUCGUCUCAUGCUCGUUUCUUCGAUACCCAAAUUCUUCUUCCCUCGACGUAUUACGAUUCCUCUUUAUCCCAAAUGGGUCUCCGCCUUCUCCACAAUCGGAUCUUCUCCACGCCCUCUCCGGAAUCUUUCCUCAUUCCUCAAUGGCAGACCUUCAAGCAACUGCCUGGAUUACGAGCUAUCCUUGGUCUCAACCUUGAAGUACUGCGCAUCCAGUUCAGCCAUUUUUCCAGGGCAACAAAUCCAUGUAAUCGUCCUCAAAUCUGGGUUUAACUCCAAUACUUUCAUCCUUAAUAGCUUGAUUAAUAUGUAUGUCAAAUGUGGACUUCUUUCCGAUGCUAGAUUGCUGUUUGAUUCGUGUUCUGUCUUGGAUUCUGUAUCUUGUAACAUUAUGAUAUCUGGGUAUGUAAAACUUCGCCAAUUGGAGAAUGCACGCCAGUUGUUCGAUAAAAUGCCUGAAAGAGGCUGCGUCUCUUACACCACCAUGAUUUUGGGUUUGGCACAGAAUGAUUGUUGGAGGGAAGCAAUUGAGGUUUUUAAGGAUAUGAGGUCUGCAGGUGUGGCCCCAAAUGAAGUGACAAUGGCAAGUGUUAUGUCAGCAUGUUCACAUAUUGGUGAUAUGUGGAACUGCCGGAUGCUCCAUGCAUUGGUAAUAAAGUUACAUUUCUUUGAUCUUGUUCUUAUUUCGACAAAUUUGUUGCACAUGUAUUGUGUUCGUUCAAGUUUAAAGGAUGCUAGGAGAUUAUUCAGUGAGAUGCCGGUGCGUAAUACUGUUUCAUGGAAUGUGAUGUUAAAAGGGUAUGUGAAAUCAGGUCUUCUUGAUCAAGCAAGAGAGUUGUUUGACAGGAUUCCAGAAAGAGAUGUGAUUUCUUGGGCUACAAUGAUUGAUGGGUUUGUGCAAGGGAAACAGUUAAGGGAAGCUUUGUUGAUGUAUUCUUCAAUGAGAAAGAGUGAUAUGCAUCCCAAUGAAGUGAUGAUUGUUGAUUUGCUUUCUGCUUGUGGGCAGUCAGUUUCAAUUGAUGAGGGCAGGCAGUUCCAUUCUCUGAUGGUAAAAAAUGGUUUUGUUUGUUAUGAUUUCAUACAAGCAACUAUUAUUAGUUUCUAUGCAGCUUGUGGAAGGAUUGAUCUUGCUUAUUUGCAAUAUCAGAUGAGUGAUAAGAGUCAUCUCGCAUCUUCAAAUGCCCUUAUUGUGGGCUUCACAAAGAACAGAAUGAUUGAUCAAGCAAGGCAAAUAUUUGAUAUGAUGCCUAAAAAAGAUGUUUUUUCAUGGAGCACCAUGAUUUCUGGUUAUGCACAGAAUGAGUUGCCUGAUGUGGCUUUAGAGCUUUUCCAUAGAAUGGUUGUUAGUGAAGUCGAGCCUAACGAGAUCACCAUGUCUAGCGUUUUCUCUGCUAUUGCAGCUUUAGGUCAACUACAAGAAGGAAGAUGGGCCCAUGAGUAUGUUUGCAACAAAGCCAUUCCUCUUAACGAUAAUUUGAGUGCUGCUAUCAUUGACAUGUAUGCCAAAUGUGGAAGUAUCAACACUGCUUUGGAUGUGUUCCAUCAGAUCAGAGACAAGGCCUCCACAGUCUCACCAUGGAACGCCAUCAUAUGUGGAUUGGCAAUGCACGGGCAUGCAAAUUUAUCUAUCAAAAUAUUUUCCAACUUGCAAAGAAUGAGUAUCAAGCUCAACUCAAUCACAUUUCUUGGGGUUCUCGGUGCUUGUUGCCAUGCUGGAUUAGUCGAGCUCGGGGAGAGAUGCUUCUGGAGCAUGAAGACAGUACAUGGCAUAGAACCAAACAUUAAGCAUUAUGGAUGUCUGGUAGAUCUGUUAGGCAGGGUCGGGCGGUUAAGGGAAGCGGAGGAAAUUAUAAGAACCAUGCCAAUGAAGGCAGAUGUUGUGAUAUGGGGUACAUUAUUGGCAGCAUGUAGAACACAUGGGGAAGUCGAAAUAGGCGAAAGAGCUGCAGAGAGUUUGGCUAGAUUGGAACCAUCUCACGGGCCAGGUCGAGUCCUCCUGUCCAACUUAUAUGCUGAUGCAGGGUUAUGGGAGGAUGCAGCCUUGGUUAGAAAAGCAAUGCAAAGUCAAAAGGUGAUAAGAUCACCUGGGUGCAGUGGUAUUGUAUGAAGAAUUAUAAGCAAGGAAAAAACCAUAUGAAAACUUUUGUCAACUAACCCUUUUAAGUUGUAUUGCAUUUGUCUUUAACACUGAAUGUAACUGACUAUUUUUUUCUGAUAAUUUUCAGCUUUUAUCAA